AUGGCUUGGUCCGCACUUUUGUUCUUAUAUUAUCUGCUCUUUCAUCUGCAUCUUUCGACUACUAGCUCCGCCGCUGCUGUUCUUGAGCCCCGAGCACCACCACCGUCUCUGAGAGGAGAACUGUAUGACUUUGUUUUCAGCGGCUCUGGAGACACCUAUGUCGAUGCCCCUCGUCUAGGAGUGCCCGUAACCUACCAGCGCUUCCUAUUGGAUUCUUCGUCUGAAGGGGGUGCGGGUCGGGUUCGAAGCAUGCAGACCACUGCAUGUCCUACCGAUAGCGUGCUGGCUUAUUACAACUGGGACGUGAGCUUCGUGUUCAUGAUUCGGACCAACUAUGGAGACAUCAUCGGUCGAGUUCCUAGAGAAGAACUAGAUAAAAUAUCUGAGCCAGGGAAAGAGACGGCAAACUUUGCAGAAGUCUUUAAGGAGCCAUACAUCGAAAAAGAUGGAUAUCUCACACAUGCAAUUCUAAACCUCAGACUGAACCACGGAGGUCCGACAUCGGAUCCUAUAAAGUUCAAUGGAUGGUCGACAUGGGGAGAGAGGGCACCAGUGACCAGAGGCGCUAUAAAGCAGGGUUCGACUUACAGAUAUUAUAAAGAAUUUUCUGUACGUCGUAUACAGAACGAGAUCAGGACACUCUUGACCGGGAUCAAUGUGGCUAGCAAUCCUCUUCCAGCUAUACAGGAGUUCGAUUUUCCUUAUUCGGCAGAUCAAAGAGCAAGCACAAAACAUACAGGGCCCCCGGUCCGACCCAAUGCACGUCUGGCCUGUGCAAUUUCUUUGACUAUGCAAAACAACGCCGCAGCCGUGGAAGAGACCUGGAUCGGAUCAGAAGCCACGAUAGAAGAGAAUUCUGGCAAGAGGGUGUCUGUUCUGACUCCUAGCGAUUCGUCAUCUCUUCGUAUGACUCAGGGAGGCUGGGAAAAUAUAUGA